AUGGAACUGGGAGUGCAGCCCCGCCUCCGUCGGGCAGCUUCGCUAAAGGCACUGCCUUGGCCAUUCCGGGACUUCUGUCACCUGCGGCAACGUCGGUGUUCCGCCUGUGCUGGCAAACGGGGCGCAUGCAGCCACUUGACUGGAAAAGAGGAAAUAAAUGGAGCAACUUGCUUGAGGGUCCUUUGUUUUAGGAGCUUCAGUUCACAAGCUCAAGCUCUGCUGGGACUGUUUUUAAAGUUAGAAAAUCAAUACACUCUCUGUGUGUUGCCCAAACAGAAUCCCACUCGGUGCUCUCCUGCCCGGCCCCAAAGACCUAUAUUCACUAUACCUAUAUUCACACCAUCCCUGAUACCCAGAGCAUGUACUUUGCUUCUCCAAUUUCAAGAUGACACUGCCUGCUUAUCCUGCCUUGAGAGGAGUCGCACAAAGUCAGUUAUUUCUAUACCUGUGAGAGAUAAACCACCUAUGCAAUGCCUUGCCAGCCUGUCCCACACCCUUUACCUUCCAUCCUUCCUUCUUUCCCUCUCCUGGUGGAGACACAGCAUUCUCCCACCCCUGGCCCUGGCUCCUCUGGCACGCAGCCACCAUUCUGCAGCAGGUCUGACUGGAUCUGAUGUCUGCCAGAGACUGUUCUUCAUCAGCUGGGCCCUGGAGCCUCAUUUACCAGGACACUGAGCUGGCAAAUCAGAUGCACACGACUUGCCUGGCUGUGCUGUGUCCAAGCUCUGCCUCCCUACAACACAGGCUCUCCCCUUGAAGUUCACUGCAGGUAAUUUCAUCUCUAAGUACUUGUAGGUGUCUGGCUAUCUACUUUUUUUGUUGCUUAUCGCACUUGGGAAUCUGGGAAGACUCUUGAAACUAUUUGUUUUUGUGCUGCUUUGAGAGACCAUACCAUCAGAAAGACACAUGUAAUAUUCAAAAAUAUAGUGGAAUGUCUCCCAAUAUAUCUACGGCUGAUUUUAAAACUGUUCAGAAAUAUCUUGGUUUGUCUUUCUUUUAAUUAUUACCUAGUAACUGAUCACUUAUUAUAUAAUUUGCACUCAAGGAGUAAUCUGCAAGUAUUUACAAAUU